CAUUGUGGGCCCACUUUACCUUUCAACCAGCGGCGCAAUCUUUACUUGAAUUCCAAGCUCACCCACCGCCACCCCCCUCUUCCACCAUAUCUUUCUCUCACGCAUUAAUCACACACACAAACCACGACUUUUCUUCAUUUAUAAAGAUUUAAAAUUCGAAAAAUUAGAUUUACUUCAAAGGAAUGAAAGGAGAAUAUCGAGAAGAUAAAGGUUCUCGACCUUCUUCUACUACCAUGUUCUCAAAAUUCCAGCAUCACCACCACCAAGCACAGCAACAAACACCGCCGCCGCAGCAUUUUGCCAUCUCCAGCCACCAGUUUCAGCUCAGUAACACAUCAGAAGAAGCUGAUAGCCGCAGCCGUAGUCCCAACGAUGCGAUCACACCCAUCCAAACCAAGAAAGAUGUCAGCACCACCGUCAACGACGGAGCAUCUAUCGAAGUGGCCAGACGACCCAGAGGCCGUCCACCCGGAUCUAAAAACAAACCCAAACCACCAAUCGUAAUUACUCGAGAACCUGAACCAUCUAUGUCUCCAUAUGUACUGGAACUCCCCGGAGGAAUCGAUAUCGUCGACGCCGUGGCUCGAUACUGCCGGAAACGGAAUAUGGGGCUCUGUGUCUUAACCGGCUCAGGGACUGUUGCUAACGUUUCCCUCCGACAACCCUCCACCACCCCUGGAGCCACCGUUACAUUCCACGGCCGGUUCGAUAUUCUUUCAAUCUCUGCCACUGUUCUCCCGUCCUUAACUCCAUCAACCGCCGCGGCACCCUUUGCAAACGGUUUCACCAUAUCAUUAGCAGGUCCGCAGGGGCAGAUAGUUGGUGGAGCAGUCUCCGGCCCACUCAUGUCCGCCGGAACAGUCUUCAUUAUUGCGGCGUCUUUCAACAACCCUCUCUACCAUCGAUUACCUUCAGAAGAAGAUGACAACCUUAGAAAUUCCGGCGGUGGGACAGGGUCAGCUGCAGCAAGUGAUCAGUCUCCACCAGCAGGUUCAGCUGGCGGAGAUAGCGGUGGGCAUCAUGGACCGCCAUCAACGGCGGCAGACUCUAUGACGAUGUAUAGCUGCCACCUGCCUGCUGAUGUUAUCUGGGCACCUACAGCACGGCAAGCUCCACAACACCCACCGCCAUAUUGAAAAAGAAAAUAGUUUUAAGUGAUCUUCCACGAAAACUGGUUUAGGGAGCUUCAUCAUCAGCACUUCUUUCUUUCUUUUUUUCAAAUUUAUUAGGGUUUUGAGUAACUCAUGAUCUUUAUUGUUCAGUCAAAUCAUCUCAACUUGUCAUUAUCGUCAUGUAGUCAAUUAACCAAGAACAAAGUGUGCUCCAUUUACAUAUCUUUCAAUCUUUCAUUGAGUUUUUGAUCA